UCGCUCCCGCAGUCUCGCUUUGCAUCACAGCUCCCAUUAAAGUUGACAUGAAGCGCUCAAACGAAGACGUCAGCGCUACACUCUCUACCAACAUCAAGAAGCCUGUCUUCCUCACCAAAGCCGAACGCGAGCAAUUAGCCCUUCAACGCCGUGAGGAAGAAGUCGCAGAGCAGAAACGCAAAGCCGAACAGGUUCGUCUCCAACAGCAACCGGAACAGAAUAGAUCCACUAAACCCUCUGACUAUUCUCCCGACAAUCGUUACCACCGGUCUCGGGAACGUGAUCGUGACCGUGACCGAGAUCGUGACAGAGAACGUGACCGCGAGCGAGAACGAGAACGAGAACGAGAACGGGAUUCGGAGCGGCGCAACCGCGAGAGAGAACGAGAAGAGGAGAGCAAGGCGCGUGAGAGGGCUCGCUCAGAGAAGCAAGCUGGCCGAGAACGUGAUAAGGAGCUUGAAGCCAUUAAAGAACAGUAUCUCGGAACCAAAAAACCUAAAAAACGAGUUAUUAAACCUAGCGAAAAGUUCAGAUUCUCGUUCGAUUGGGAGAACACUGAAGACACCUCUCGGGACAUGAAUACGUUAUACCAGAACCCUCAUGAGGCUCAACUAUUGUUUGGUAGAGGGUUUCGUGCUGGAAUGGAUCGGCGAGAGCAGAAAAAGCUUGCUGCAAAGAACGAGAAGGAUAUGCGAGAUGAGAUUAGAAAGAAAGAAGGGGUUGCGGAGAAGCCGGAGGAAGCUGCUGCGCAGCGGCAGAAAGAAGCGGCGGCGGAUUUGUAUGAUACUUUCGAUAUGAGGGUCGAUCGGCACUGGUCGGAGAAGAAGCUUGAAGAGAUGACGGAGAGGGAUUGGAGAAUUUUCAGGGAGGAUUUCAAUAUUUCCUAUAAGGGAUCGAGGAUUCCAAGGCCUAUGCGGAAUUGGCCUGAGAGCAAGUUGAGUCAGGAGCUCUUGAAGGCGGUGGAGAGGGCAGGGUACAAGACGCCCUCUCCGAUUCAGAUGGCUGCGAUUCCACUUGGGCUACAACAGCGAGAUGUGAUUGGGAUUGCAGAAACGGGUUCAGGGAAGACUGCUGCUUUUGUUCUCCCUAUGUUGACUUACAUCUCUAGAUUACCUCCUAUUAGUGAGGAUAAUGAGGCGGAAGGGCCAUAUGCUGUUGUCAUGGCUCCUACUAGGGAGCUUGCCCAGCAGAUUGAAGAUGAAACUGUGAAGUUUGCCCACUAUUUGGGUAUCAAGGUGGUCUCAAUUGUUGGUGGGCAGUCCAUUGAAGAGCAGGGUUUUAAGAUCAGACAGGGUUGUGAGGUUGUGAUAGCCACACCUGGACGACUUAUCGACUGCUUGGAGAGGCGGUAUGCUGUUCUUAACCAAUGUAAUUAUGUUGUUCUUGAUGAGGCUGAUAGGAUGAUUGAUAUGGGUUUCGAGCCCCAGGUUGUUGGUGUAUUGGAUGCAAUGCCUUCAAGCAAUUUAAAACCAGAGAAUGAAGAUGAAGAGCUUGAUGAGAAAAAGAUAUAUCGGACAACUUAUAUGUUCAGUGCUACCAUGCCCACAGCUGUGGAACGUCUUGCCAGGAAGUACCUUAGGAACCCUGUUGUGGUCAACAUUGGAACUGCUGGAAAGGCAACUGAUCUCAUAACUCAGAGUGUGAUCAUGCUGAAGGAUUCAGAGAAAAUGCCGAGGUUGCGGAAGUUGCUGAAUGAGCUAGGGGAUAAGACCGCAAUGGUGUUUAUCAAUACAAAGAAGGCUGCUGAUGGUCUUGCAAAGGGUUUAGAUAAGGAAGGUUACAGGGUGACAACGUUGCACGGAGGGAAAUCACAGGAGCAACGAGAGAUUAGCCUUGAAGGAUUUAGGACCAAACGGUUUAAUGUUCUUGUUGCAACGGAUGUAGCAGGACGUGGGAUUGAUAUACCUGAUGUAGCUCAUGUCAUAAACUAUGAUAUGCCUGGGAAUAUCGAAAUGUACACUCAUCGUAUUGGUCGAACAGGGCGUGCUGGGAAGACUGGUGUGGCAACAACGUUUUUGACACUGCAUGAUACUGACGUCUUCUACGAUCUCAAGCAGAUGCUUAUUCAGAGCAAUAGCCCAGUGCCUCCUGAGCUAGCAAGACAUGAGGCGUCAAAAUUCAAACCGGGAUCAAUUCCUGACAGACCUCCCAGGCGCAAUGACACUGUUUUUGUUCAUUGACAAUUUUGUUUCCUGGUAGAUACUUCUUAUUCAUGGGUACACCUAGCAUACCAUUUUGUGCUGUUUCUGUAGUUGGAUAAACUGUUCUGGUCGCUGUUAGUCAACAGAACCAAAAAUAUUUAUUUUUGACGAGAAGUUAGGAAUC